UACAAGAUGGCGGCAAAAGACAACCCUCUGGAGAUAGCUGAAGUUGUGGAAAUUGUUCUUCGUUUUCUGUCUGGAAGGUGCGUAUCAGUAGCUGCACAGGUUUGUCAUCUCUGGCGUGAAACAGUGGAGAGGAUCCGAAGAUCAAGAAGAAAAUGUGCCGUCUAUUUAUCUCCAAUUGGCUCGAGCUUCUCUGAAUUUUCCAUGGAAGCACUGGAUUUUAUAAGGCAACAUCAUGUCGAACCAAGAGCUUUGGUUCUCUUUUCAGGACAGCUUCCUUCAUCUAGUGCAUCAUUUAUCAAUAACUUUUUACAGUCAGUGCGAAGCUGUCUCCCAGUGAACUGUCCGUUGAUUGGCUGUACUGGUCUUGGGGUGAUCGGUUCAGAUCGGUUCAGGCAAUGGGGUCAGCCACGAGAAAUAGAGAAGACUGCUGGCUUGUCUCUUUUGAUGUUUCCUCGCUGUGAUGGUCUUGAGAUCCGGGACUUCCAUAUACCUCUUCGCAACAAGUAUAAGAGAAUAAGCGGUGUCAAAUCGUUUCUUCCUGAUACGGACCUGCCGGUUCAGUUGGUGAUAGUGUUGGCUCAUCCUUUGUCUCUUGGUAAACUCACGCGUUUGACCAGGGCAUUGAGGUCGAAGUAUGGCGAAGACGUGGUUAUUGUUGGAGGCUACAGUGACAGUUAUUUAUUCUACAACACAGAAGUGACGACUCGAGAGAUCAUUGGCCUUGUCUUAGCUGGAAAUUUACAAUCGUCAUCUGUAAUAAUCACAGGAGGCACAAAAAUGGAAUCUAUGGAUAAUCUCUAUGAUUCAAUUCACAGACUUGAAAGCUCCGUUGUACCGAAAGACGACAGUUUUAGUUUGAUGUUUUCAUGUUUUUCAAGGGGUAUCAUGACGUAUGGAUAUGAGAAUGCCCAAUCGUUGGCAUUUAACGACACAUUUCCUGCUAAACCUCUCGUAGGAUUUUUUGGAACGGCAGCGUUUGGAUGUGACAGGGAAAAAUUGAAGGCUAGGGGUUUAAAACCCGGAGGUCGAGAUUUCUUACACGUAGAUGCAACGGUUCUCUGUUUAACUUCACUAGCACCGUAAGGAAAGACUCUUUAAACGAGUGUAGGUUUAGUUCGAUUCGUUACGGUUUAUUUCAAGUCUUCGUUUGAUGAAGUGGUAAAGGGAAUACCUUUGGAAGUUGAUCCAUCCAUUACUUUUUCCAACACCUAAGGGUAUACUCUUUUUUUCAGACGAUGCAUGUAUUUUUCACUCGACUGAUACCACUCUUAUCACUUUAAACAGACGCAUAGCACUAACUUGCAUUUGUACCAUGACGCCUGUGCGAUUGUCGAUAUGGCUUAUUUUACGGAAGAAGACUUCAUCGUCCUUUACCUCUACCCUCUAAAUAGGCUUCCGCUGGCGAAGUUUUUCGUUUCGAAAGAAACUGUUGUACUGCGUCAUUGUACUUAUUUAAAUGUCGACAAUAAAGGUAGAUUGACUGUGUAAGUGCCCUAUAGCACGA